CAUACACGGAAAUGUAGUAGAAUUUUCAGUUGUGUCAAAUGGGAAAAGUAAACUAAAAUAAAAACAUAAAUUUCCCAAGCGAAAGACACCACAUAAACAAUGAGCGAGUCAGCUGCCAUGAAGCAAAAGAUUCUCGCAAUGACCGCGGCGCAUGUGGAUCAGCUAUAUGUGAUGUGGUGCCACAUGUUCGAUGCGCAGACAUGCGAGAAUUACCUGCACCAACUAAAGGAACACGCGGAGGCUUUCUACAACGAUCUGCUGGCCGAGUCGCGGGAGAAGCAGACCGCCAUCGAGAAGGACAUUGCCGCACUGCAAGCCGAGGAAAGUCAACUGCAUGGACUGCUCCAUGGGAGCGUCCAUGUCGAAGAGAGACCACAGCAUGUGCCGCUGGCUGUGUGGCAGCUGAGGCUGGAGCACAGUGUAGAGCAGCUGCGCGAGGAGCUGCCCAAACGGCGUGCGGAAAUUGCCGAGCUGCUGCUGCAGCAGGAGCCACUCUGUCAAGAGUUGGGCGUGCUGCCACUGCCACUGCUGACGGAUCCGCUGUCCCUGCCACAGGAGCUGACAGCAUUCCGAGAACAUCUCGACCAACUGCAAGCCGAGCGCGUGGCACGCACAGAGCUAAUGAAGGAGCUACGCCAAAGCAUCGAGCAGGAACUGCAGCAGCUGGAGAAUGAAGCGGCAGAGCGGCGUUGGCUUAACGAGAUAAAUCAGGAUCUAACGCCAGAGACAUUCGAGCGGCUGCGAACGCUGCAUCAAAGAUUGGCUGAUCAGAGGCAGGAGCAGCGCGAACACAUCGAUGCCAUGCGCGAGAAGAUCCUUGCGCUGUGGGAACGCCUCCAGGAGACAGACGAACCCACCAUGCGCCGUGUGCGCGACGCCACUGAGUACACAGAAGGCACCUGCCGAGUGCUGCAGGAGGAGCUGCAGCGCUGCCAGCUGCUGCUCAGUGGCAACCUGAAGACCAUCAUCCAGCAGCUGCGUCUGGAGAUACACGAGUGGUGGGAUCGAACGCUCAAGAGUCGCCAGGAGCGCCUGCGCUUUGCCAGCUACUACACCGAUUGGUACAACGAAGAGCUCUUGGAGCUGCACGAGCUGCAGCUGGACGAUUUGAAAGGCUUCUAUAGCAAUCACAAGGGAAUCUUCGAGCUGUACGCAAGUCGUGCAAAGCUAUUGGCACGCAUGGAGGUCUUGGAGGCCAAGUCGAAGGAUCCCAUGCGGUUUCAGAAUCGCGGCGGGCAGCUGCUCAAAGAGGAGAGGGAACGCAGAGAUAUCACAUUCAGGCUGCCCAAAAUGGAGCUGCAGAUCACUGAACUGGUGCAGGCCUAUGAGGUGCAGUGCUGUGGCCCCUUUCUGGUGCAUGGCGAGAACAUAUUGGAGCUGAUGGCCGGGCAGCGCAUGGCCAGGAAUCAGCAAAACUCUGCGCCCAGGAAGACGCCAUGCACCAAACUGAAGGCUCCUGCCGCUGCUGGAACACUGUUGAACAUGUCCAACGUGUCGUGCCGAAAGCCGCCUGCGACUCCAAUUAUCAAGAGCACAGGAAUUCCUCAAAAGCACAAGCCCCUGCAUCCAUCGGUCACCAGCGGCUCUGGGCAAAAGGCCAUCGGAACGGGCUGCCUGAAGAGCACCUCAAAUGGGGCAAACUCUGCCCUGCAGCGGGUGCGAUUGGUAACCCCAGGCACACGCACUAAAAAGAAUCUUCCGGACAAGUCGCCAAUAAAAGAACCUUCAAUGGAUGUGACGGAUGAGAACCAAACCGUGAUUGGGGACUCCUUUGGGCAGUUUACGCCAUCAAGUCGCUCCUCGCUGCUGCCAGUUUCGCGCAAUAUUUUGGGUGUCCUCCACAACAACAGCAGCAACAAUAGUUCGGUGGCCACAGUGACUGGACAGGAGGCGAAGCAGCAGCCUCGUGGCGGCAAACCAUUCAAACUACCCACGCCCCGCAGCAGCCUUAUGUGGCUGAAACCCAUCCCUAAACAUUAAUCAAGUUUUUCUCUGUUUUGUUUUUGUUUUUUUUUGGUUUCGUUUUGUUUAAUUUUUACUGUUAACAAACUAAUGGCACAUUGAAUAUACCCCUUCAACCACACAUAGACUACAGGG